AAAGAGGGAAGAUUUUUGGGUUCUUUGACUUGUUCUUGACGAUAAUAUAAAAAAAAUAAAGAAGGAAUUUUUUUCUGUUGCUUUCUCACUGUUUUUUUUUUCUUGUUCUCGAUCCGUUAAAAGGUUUUUCUUCUUCACUGGAUCUGUAGAUACGAUCCUAACCGAAUUUCAAGCCCUGAAUUUCUGCUAGGAUUAUUUCAAAGAGAUGGGAGACGUUAAGCCUUUAGUUUCAACUUCCAACAGCAUGGAUGGCGAUGCUUUUGAAGCUAGAUUCACUGAUUUGUGCAAGAAAGGGCUAUCUUUGGAUGAGAAAACUUGCUCAGGAGCUAUGAAGCUAUUUAAAGAAACCAAACAUCUUGUUUCAUCUAAUGUUUCAGCAGCUGAGAGGACGGUUGAAGAAGCAGAGCGGUUUUGGUUUUCAUUUGUCUUGUAUUCGCUGAACCGCCUAAGUGAAAAAGGUGGAGACAGUGCACAACAAAAAUCUGAUGAAAAUAGGUUUACAUUAUGCCAGAUAUUGAGAGCUACAAGGCUAAAUAUUGUGUAUUUCUUUGAAGAGUUGCCUCAAUUUGUAGUAAAAGCUGGUCUUGUAUUGACUAACAUGUAUGGUGAAGAUUGGGAGACUAGACUUGAGGCAAAGGAGAUGCAGGCCAAUUUUGAGCACUUGACCCUUAUAAGCAAGUCAUACAAGCGUGCAUUUCGGGAACUCUUCUUGUCAAGUGAUGCAAAUAUUGGAAAACAGGAAAGUGCUACUGGUGCUCCUGAUUAUUUGUCAAAGUACCAUCGUUUUGGGUGGUUACUGUUUUUGGCACUCCGUGUACAUGCAUUCAGCCAUUUUGCAGACCUAGUGACUUGCGCAAUUGGUUUUGUUUCUGUACUGGCUAUUCUGAUUUUACAUGUUCCUAUUUGCUACAGAAACUUCAAGAUCAAUGACUCUCCACACUUUGUUAAGAAAGGUGAAAAAGGUGUCGACUUGCUUGCAUCACUUUGCAACAUGUAUGAUGCUUCAGAAGCUGAUUUGAGGAGAACACUGAAGAUGACCAAUAAGUUAAUGGAAGAUAUAUUGAAAAAAAGGCCAUGUCCAGCAUCCGAGUGCAAAACUGAAACACUGGAACAUAUUGAUACAGAUGGCUUGGUCUAUUUUGACGGUUUACUGGAGGAACAAUCUUUUUUAUCCAAUUUGAGUAUUUUAGAAAAUGAUUAUGAUGAUGCAACUCGUAAUAGAGGUGAUCUGGACGAGAGGCUGUUCAUAAACGAAGAAGAUAGUUUACUUGGUUUUGGGAGCUUGUCUGGAGAGGAUGUGAAUAUUUCUGGCAUUAAGAGGAAGUUUGAUUCAAUACCUUCACCGUCAAAGACAAUCUCAAGCCCACUGUCUCCUCAUUGUCAUCGUGCAUCUCAUGUAAAUGGUGUCCUUGGGCCACUUAACGGAAAGGUAGCCUCUACACCUGUCAGCACUGCAAUGACAACUGCAAAGUGGCUUCGUUCUUUUAUUUGUCCGCUUCCUUCAAGACCUUCAGCAGAGUUACAGCAUUUUUUAUCAUCCUGUGAUAAAGAUGUUACCAAUGAUGUGAUACGUAGGGCUCAUAUAAUAUUGGAGGCCAUAUUUCCCUGUAGUCAUGAUUGUAGUCUAACUGGAAGCCUUCGAAGUGCAAACCUAAUGGAUAAUACAUGGAUGGAACAACGAAGACUGGAAGCACUUAAGUUAUACUAUAGGGUUCUGGAAGCUAUGUGUACAGCAGAGGCUCAAAUAUUACGUGCACCAAACUUGACCUCUUUGUUAACUAAUGAGAGAUUUCACAGAUGUAUGCUUGCUUGUUCUGCUGAACUAGUGUUAGCAACACAUAAGACUGCUACAAUGCUGUUUCCUACAGUUCUAGGCAGAACUGGUAUUACGGCCUUUGAUCUAAGCAAGGUGAUAGAAAGUUUCAUUAGACAUGAAAAGUCUUUGCCAAGAGAACUGAAGCGGCAUCUAAACUCUCUGGAGGAGAGGCUUUUGGAAAGCAUGGUGUGGGAUAAAGGCUCCUCAUUGUACAAUACCUUGAUAGUUGCAAGGCCUGCACUCUCUUCUGAAAUAAAUCGUCUUGGCUUAUUGGCAGAACCAAUGCCAUCUUUGGAUGCAAUUGCAAUGCAUAUAAACUUUUCUGAAGGUAUUCCAACAGUGCCUUCUUUGCAGAAGCAUGAAACAUCACCAAGUAAUUUUGGUAGCUUGAUCUUAGGUCAAAAUGGGGAUGUCAGGUCUCCGAAGAGACUAUGCACUGACUACAGGAGUGUAUUGGUUGAACGGAAUUCUUUUACAUCACCAGUGAAGGACCGUCUAUUAGCUUUCAGCAACCUUCGGAAGGCUCCUUUGCAAUCUGUGUUUGCCAGUCCAACACGCCCUAACCCUGUUGGUGGAGGAGAAACAUGUGCCGAAACAGGAAUUAAUAUAUUCUUUAGUAAGAUUAAUAAAUUGGCUGCUGUCAGGAUUAAUGGUAUGGUUGAGAGGCUACAACUGUCUCAAGAGAUUAGGGAGAGUGUAUAUUUUCUUUUUCAACAAAUACUUAGCCAGCGGACUUCUCUGUUUUUUAACCAUCAUAUUGACCAGAUCAUCCUUUGUUGUCUCUAUGUAGUUGCAAAGCUUUCUCAGUUGGAACUACCUUUUAAAGAAAUUACUAGCAACUAUAGGAAGCAACUGCAAGGUAGACCCGAAGUUUACUGCAGUGUAUUUGUUGACAGAUCAUCAACACAACAGAACGGGAGAACCAGGCAGGAUCAUGUUGGUAUUGUCGCAUUUUACAAUACAAAAUUCAUUCCUGCCAUAAAACAUUUGCUUGAAGAACUUGAUCUUUCCAGAACGACUACAAGAACAACCCAGGUUCCUGAAUCCAACAAUAGUAAUGAUGGUCCAUGCCCUGGAUCACCUAAAGUUGCCUCUUUUCCGAGUCUCCCUGAUAUGUCCCCAAUGAAAGUAUCUGCAAAGCACAAUGUAUACGUGUCCCCAUUGCGAGCAUCCAAGAUGGAUGCUCUAAUCUCGCAUAGCGCGAGAAGCUACUAUGCUUGUGUCGGAGAGAGUACCCAUGCCUUUCAGAGUCCUUCGAAAGACCUAACCGCCAUCAACAAUCAGUUGAACAGUACUCGGAAUAUCAGAAUUAAGCUCAAGUUCGAUGAUCUUGAGGGUGGCUUGGUUAGUGAUUCCAUGGUUGCAAAUAGCCUUUACCUUCAAAGCGGGAGCCACACAUUGGCAUCCUCACCAGGUGCAGCUUUAAAAUCUGAGCAACCGGAAUCUUAGUGCAGCAUAGGACAUGCAUUCCUUGUAAAUUCUGCCUUUAUUUCCCUAUUCUUGUUAUAUACUGCAGCAGGUUUAAGUUUUUAAGAAGGGGUAUUGUAGAAUAGCCGCCACCGCCCCUACGAGCUUAAGGAUGUUAGAUUCAGUACUCGGAAGUUUGGGCUAACAAAUUGGUAUAAAAUGUGCCUCUUUUGACUGUAGCAAAUAGUAGCAAUGUUGGUAUGAUGACGCGUGGGAUCAUGUUUUGUAUUUUAAUCAUUUUCAUAUAUUUGGAAGGCGAUCAUAUCUGAAAAAUAAAUCAUAUGGUAUUGAUUUCAUUUUUAA